GGCUUGGGGGAAAUUCAAACUCUGGAACUGAAAUUGGGGGGAAAGGAGGGGUAGGUUUAGAGGGGCGAUUCAGCGCGAUGGCGGAGGAAGGCGGUGUUACAGUCUGCGUGCGGGUGCGCCCGCUUAUUGAAAGAGAGAAUGCAGACCUCGAUGAAAGAGGGCAGAUUUUGUGGAAAAGUGAAGGUUGCACCAUAUCUCAGUUUGAUGGGACCAAGUCCUUUACCUUUGAUCAAGUGUUUCAUUCUGCAGACAGUACCACGGAAGUCUACAAAGGGGUGGCUGCUCCAAUUAUACAGUCUGCUGUUCAGGGAUAUAAUGGCACUAUUUUUGCUUAUGGACAGACUGCUUCAGGCAAAACCUAUACAAUGUUGGGGACAAAAGAUUGUCCAGGUAUUUUACCUAUGGCCAUCAAUGAUGUCUUCAAUACCAUCUGUAGAAUUCCAGACCGGGAGUUCCUUCUCCGUAUAUCAUACAUGGAAAUUCACAAUGAGACUAUACAGGACCUACUGUGCAGCGACAUUAGGAAAAAGAAGCCAUUGGUUGUUCGUGAAGACAUCAAUAGGACUAUUUACGUUGAAGAUCUGAGUGAAGAGGUGGUGGUUUCUCCAGAGCAAGUUUUGAGCUGGCUAAAGAAAGGCGAAAAAAACAGGCACUAUGGUGAGACGAAAAUGAAUGAAAGAAGUAGCCGUUCACAUACCAUCUUCAGAAUGAUAAUUGAAAGUAAAGAAAAGACAGAGACCUCUAGUUCAAACUAUGAAGGGGCUGUCAUGGUCUCUCACUUGAAUUUGGUAGAUCUGGCAGGAAGUGAAAGAGCUAGCCAAACAGGUGCUGAAGGGAUUCGACUUAAAGAAGGCUGCAAUAUAAACCGGAGCCUCUUCAUCUUGGGCCAAGUAAUCAAGAAACUUUGUGACGAUCAGUCUGGAGGUUACAUUAACUACAGAGAUAGCAAGCUGACGCGGAUUCUUCAGAAUUCACUAGGUGGAAAUGCUAAGACAGUUAUUAUCUGUACAGUUACUCCAGUAUCCCUGGAAGAAACUCUUAGCACCCUCCAGUUCGCUAGUACAGCUAAAAAGAUGAAAAAUAGCCCCAAAGUAAACGAAGUUCUGGAUGAUGACGCCCUUCUGAAGAGAUAUCGUAAAGAAAUAGAAGACUUGAAACGACGCUUGGAAGAAGUUUCAUCACACUCUCAGCUAACGCAGAUCCUAGAGGAGAAGAACUCUCUUCAAAAAGAACAGCAAGAGAAAAUAAGGAGUCUCACUGAGAUGCUGGUGACAGCAUCCUCUUUUGCACAAGGACAAGAGUUAAAAGUUAGAAGAAAGAGGAGAGUUACCUGGGCUCCUGGAAGUCUCGAAGGAGGGGAUUGUUUCCUGGAAGACUUUCCCACAAGACCCAAACACUUUAAAGCCUCUUUGUCUUCUCUAACAGAGAUGGAAGAAUCUGUAUCCUCGGAGUUCUCAGAAUAUGAUGAUCAGUACAUUAUAGCCAGUGCUAUAAUACCUGAAGAGGAGUGGAUUCCAGCAUCUAAAGCUGGUUUGACUCAUAAAGAUUUUGCAGAUUCUGUCGUGCUUUGUGAAAGCCUUGCAGAGGAGAGGGAUAAUGCUGUCACUGAACAGAAAGCCAUGACAGCAAAAGUUGAGAACCUGCAAGUGGAGAAAGAACAAAUGGCCUGUGAGAUCAGAGAGCUGAAGGAGAAAAUAUCCACUGAUGAGUUUGUGUUGCUUGAAAAAGAGACAGCUAAAGAGCAGGAGAUGCAACUAAUGCAUGAAAUUUCCAGCUUAAAGUCUGUAAUUACCAAUGCUGAAGUUUACAAUCAAGAUCUUCAGGAGGAAAUAAAGUCAAAAGACCUGCAGCUCAAGGAGCAAGAGAAUAAAAUCAAGGUGCUGGAAGACCAUGUCAAUGAGCUAAGAAAUAUUGUGAAAGAAUCAAAGAUGGAGGAUGGGAAAAGAGGCGUGUCCUCAAUACAGACUUCAAAUAACUCGCUGGAUGAAAUGCAACAAAUGAAACAGUCUCUCAUUGAUGCUGAAGCAGUAGCACUGGAUGCCAAAAGAGAAUCUUCAUUCCUCAGGAGUGAAAAUGUAGCACUAAAAGAGGAAAUGGAGCAGCUCUCAAAUAUUUACAACCAAAUGGAAAAAGAUGUUGAGUGUUACAGAAGCCAAUUAGAUGCCAGGAAAGUCACCUACAAAAAAAUGCAAUCUGACUUGCAGAAAGAAUUGCAGUACUACUUGCAAGAAAAUGCAAAGUUGGCAUCACUCCUGGAGGGUAGAGUUCCAAAAGAGCUACUCUCAUGUGUGGAAUUGGAAAGGAAGAUAUCAGAUUUAAAAGACGAACUGAAUAAAGCUCUGGAAGAGAAUGCAACUUUAAGGAAAGAGGCAACUGCAUCAUUAGAAGCUGGCUCAGGAUCUGACCCUGAAAUCUUCGAGAAGGAGAUGCUUGAAAAAUCCAAAAUGAUAGCUUCUCUGACCUCAGAAAGAGAGACCCUGCUAUCUCAAGUAGCUGAGAAGGACAAGACGCUCUGUGAAGUGACUACUGCACUACAAUCCAAAGAUCUUGAAAAUGCUGAAGCAAUGCACAAAAACGACUUCGCUUUUCAAGAGCUGAAACUACAGUGCAACGAACUGGGGCAGAAAUUCCUGAUUGCAUCAGAAGAAAACAAAGGGAUGAAAAGCCAAGUAGAUGUUUUGUCUGAUGAAAAUCUCAAGCUAAAUGCAACCAUUCAUGAAAUGACUCAGGAGCUUUCUGGCAAGAUCAAAGAGCUGGAAGAGAAAGACUUGGAGCAGGAGAAGUUUCUUGAUAUGAAAAAACAACUUGAUGAAGCACAUCAGAAGCUGAGUGAAACAGAACAACUCAAAGAUCAGUUGAAGGCCUGGGCAUCCAAAAUGGAGGCUGAGGAAACAGAGAAGCAGACAAUUGCUCAAAGACUUCAGGAUAGCGAAGAAGAGAUACGGGCACUGACCCAGGAAAGAGAUGACCUGAAGCAGAAGCAGGAGGCUCUCAAACAAGAGAGAGAUCAAUUCAAAGAAGAUAUACAAGAGACCGUGUCAAUGAACAUUGAAUCACAAGAAGAACUGAGAAAUGCUCAUAAUUCUCUGAAGCAGCGUCAGAAGCAAAUUAAAGAACUGGAAGAAACCAUUGUGGCAAAAGAAUCGCAGAUUUCACAUGUUGAAGCUCUAGGGAUCACUAUAGAAGAACAGAAGCAACAGAUACUAAAGUUAACAGAAGACUUGGAACACUUCAGCAUGACGAAGAAUCUGUUAACUGAAGGGGAUUCAGAGGAGAUCAUGCUGGAGGAAAAUAACAAGCUUCGGUUGAUGAAGGAGCAAAUCUUCUCUCUUGAGCGAGAGAAGACUGUGCUACAGCAACAACUGAAUAGUCUGCAAGAGGAGAAGAAUUGGUUUCUGGAAAGCAAUCAGCUGUUGUCUAGCAAGAUCCAAGAGCUACAAACAGGAAUCACAGAACAGGAUGGCCCUUGUAUGAAAGAACAGCUCUGCCAAGCUCUGGAGAAGCUGAGUGAAAUGGAACAAUUAAGAGGACAAUUAAAAGCCAGUGCGUCUAGAAUUGAAGAGGUGGUAAUGGACAAGAUGACAAUAGCUCAAAAGCUUCAGGGGCAUGAAAAAGCAAUGAAAGCUCUGAUCCAGGAACGAGAUGAUCUGAGAGAGAGGCUGGAUGCUCUCCAAGUGGAGAGGGGUCGCAUCAAGGAACGGAUUGAAGGGGAAACAGCUCAGAAGCUUCAUGAACAUGAAGAAGCAAUGAGGACCUUAACCCAGGAACGAGACGAUUUGAAGGAGAGGUGGGAUGCUGUCCAAAUGGAGAGGGAUCACAUCAAAGAAGAGACUGAAGCAGACUUAGCUCAGAAACUUCAUGAACAUGAAGAAGCAAUGAGGACCUUAAUCCAGGAACGAGAUGACCUGAGGGCGAGGCUGGAUGCUCUCCAAAUGGAGAGAGAUCUCAUCAAGGAGGGGAUUGAAAGGGAAGUAGCUCAGAAGCUUCAUGAACAUGAAGAAGCAAUGAGGGCCUUAACCCAGGAACGAGACAAUUUGAAAGACAGGUGGGAUGCUGUCCAAAUGGAGAGGGAUCACAUCAAAGAAGAGACUGAAGCAGACUUAGCUCAGAAACUUCAUGACCUUGAGGAAGCAAUGAGGACCUUAAUCCAGGAACGAGAUGACCUGAGGGCGAGGCUGGAUGCUCUCCAAAUGGAGAGAGAUCUCAUCAAGGAGGGGAUUGAAGGGGAAGUAUCUCAGAAGCUUCAUGAACAUGAUGAAGCAAUGAGAGCCUUAACCCAGGAACGAGACGAUUUGAAGGAAAGGUGGGAUGCUGUCCAAAUGGAGAGGGAUCACAUCAAAGAAGAGACUGAAGCAGACAUAGCUCAGAAACUUCAUGAACAUGAAGAAGCAAUGAGGACCUUAAUCCAGGAACGAGAUGACCUGAGGGCGAGGCUGGAUGCUCUCCAAAUGGAGAGAGAUCUCAUCAAGGAGGGAAUUGAAGGGGAAGUAGCUCAGAAGCUUCAUGAACAUGAAGAAGCAAUGAGUGCCUUAACCCAGGAACGAGACAAUUUGAAAGACAGGUGGGAUGCUGUCCAAAUGGAGAGGGAUCACAUCAAAGAAGAGACUGUAGCUCAGAAACUUCGUGACCUUGAGGAAGCAAUGAGGACCUUAAUCCAGGAACGAGAUGACCUGAGGGCGAGGCUGGAUGCUCUCCAAAUGGAGAGAGAUCUCAUCAAGGAGGGGAUUGAAGGGGAAGUAUCUCAGAAGCUUCAUGAACAUGAUGAAGCAAUGAGAGCCUUAACCCAGGAACGAGACGAUUUGAAGGAGAGGUGGGAUGCUGUCCAAAUGGAGAGGGAUCACAUCAAAGAAGAGACUGAAGCAGACUUAGCUCAGAAACUUCAUGAACAUGAAGAAGUAAUGAGGACCUUAACCCAGGAACGAGACGAUUUGAAGGAAAGGUGGGAUGCUGUCCAAAUGGAGAGGGAUCACAUCAAAGAAGAGACUGAAGCAGACUUAGCUCAGAAACUUCAUGAACAUGAAGAAGCAAUGAGGACCUUAAUCCAGGAACGAGAUGACCUGAGGGCGAGGCUGGAUGCUCUCCAAAUGGAGAGAGAUCUCAUCAAGGAGGGGAUUGAAGGGGAAACAGCUCAGAAGCUUCAUGAACAUGAAGAAGCAAUGAGGGCCUUAACCCAGGAACGAGACAAUUUGAAAGACAGGUGGGAUGCUGUCCAAAUGGAGAGGGAUCACAUCAAAGAAGAGACUGAAGCAGACUUAACUCAGAAACUUCAUGACCUUGAGGAAGCAAUGAGGACCUUAAUCCAGGAACGAGAUGACCUGAGGGCGAGGCUGGAUGCUCUCCAAAUGGAGAGAGAUCUCAUCAAGGAGGGGAUUGAAGGGGAAACAGCUCAGAAGCUUCAUGAACAUGAUGAAGCAAUGAGAGCCUUAACCCAGGAACGAGACGAUUUGAAGGAGAGGUGGGAUGCUGUCCAAAUGGAGAGGGAUCACAUCAAAGAAGAGACUGAAGCAGACUUAGCUCAGAAACUUCAUGAACAUGAAGAAGCGAUGAGGACCUUAAUCCAGGAACGAGAUGACCUGAGGGCGAGGCUGGAUGCUCUCCAAAUGGAGAGAGAUCUCAUCAAAGAAGAGACUGAAGCAGAUUUAGCUCAGAAACGUCAUGAACUUGAAGAAGCAAUGAGAAUCUUAAUCCAGGAACGAGAUGACCUUAGGGCGAGGCUGGAUGCUGUCCAAGUGGAGAGGGAUCACAUCAAAGAACAGAUGCAAACAACUGAAUCAAUGCUGUCUCUUAAGCUUCAAGACAAAGAGAGAGUGCUAGAGGAGUUGUUCGGACUGAAAGAACAGCAGAAUCGGCUUGUAAUGGAACAACUGGGAGAAGAUCUGAAGGCUAGAGAAUCUGAACUUGAGGCUCAAAAGAUUGAGAAAGUGGAAAUGGCCCGAAGACUUUGGGAGAGCAAAGAAGAGAGCAAAUCCCUCACCCUGGAAAAGGAUGGCCUGAAGCAGAAGUCAGAAGCUCUCCAAAAGGAGAGAGAGGAUCUCAAGAAAUUUCUGGAAGAGACCACCUCAAAGAUCCAACAUCUAGAACAAAAGUCUCUUGACCUGCAGCAGAUGCUUGAGUUGAGAGAAGAGCAGAAUCAGAAGGAUGCAGAAUGGCUGAAUGAAAUGAAGCUGCUGAAGGUCACAGCUGAGUCCAAAAUGGAGGCCAUGGGGAGAGAGAAAGCAGAGUUGCUUCAGAAGCUUCACAGUGCUGCGGAGAACUUGCGAUCUGUAACCCAAGAAAAAGAGAAUCUGAAAACCAUGGCUCUGGAACUGCAGGAACAACUCGGGCACUGCAGCAGACAUAACAAAGGAGAUAGUGAAAUGGCAGAAGAACCGGAAGGAAGAAUUGUAGGCAAGGGUUCUCAGACUUCAGAACUUCAGGAAAUGUCAGACCAGGGAACUGAUCAGCAGAAGAGAGAAGAGAUUCUGAAGAAAUUCCUCGUCUUGGAAAAGAGGUCUGAAUAUCUUAAAACAAUAUCUCUGAAUCUGAAGACUGAACUUGACAGUCAAAAAGUGCUAGUAGCCAAAUGGCUUGUUGAUCUUCCUCCCGAGCAAGCAAAUAACAUUGAAACUCUUCAAAUGGAACACGGUUACAUCAGUAACUGUCUCCACAGCUUGUUGAACAAAUGGCAGUUCCUCUUUGCCCGCUUGUGCAAGAAAAAGGGUGAAUACUACAGCAACUUUGGCAGGUACACAACAGAGCUACUUGAUGAGAAGAGAAAGCAACUUGAGCUCCUAACUCAAAUUCAGUGUCUCAAGCCUCAUUCGGGACAACGUGGAGCAGUGUCGGAGCAGCUCAACAUUCCUGAACUGAGUCGGAACUUGGAGUUCUAUGAAGAGCAAAUUCUGAAAGAUGUUUCAGAAAUGGAGGAAGAGCUUCUUAGCAUAGAAGUGAAGUUACAACAUCUAGGAAGUGAUGGUGUAAAGGCAAAACAGUAUUUGCAACGGUGUUCAGUUCAUUUUGAUAUAAAAGACUUCCAGGCUGGAAUAAAGCAAGACAAUGAACGACUCUUGCCUGUUGGCCAGUUCCUGAAACCUAAAUCUCAGGCCUUAAUUCACUCCAAAUCUGAGCUAGAAAUGAAAAAUGCUAACUACUGCAGAGAGACUGGCGCUGCCCUGAAGCAAUGCAGAGAACACACUAAGGAACUGCUUCUUGAAUUAAAUACGCUGCAGGAAGAGCAAACGCGUUGUGGUGCUGCUAAUUUUGCCUUGGAAGAAGAAAACUAUAAACUGGGGAAUAAAUUAAAAGCAAUAGAACAAGAGCUAAAGGAUAUAAAUCUGAAAAAACAAGAGCUGGAAAAUGCCACAAGCGAAGCUAAGAGAAAUCUCCAGGAAAAGGAGAAAAGGAUAGCCAUGUUGGAAAUGGAACUUAAAGUGCGAACUUCCAGAAGUGAGGUGGUCCAACUUCAGGCUACCUUAGGGAAGAAAGAGGACUGCCUAAGAACUGCACUAAUGGAGCAACUAACUCUGAAGGCCAAGCUUGAUAAAGGUGCUGAACUGUACAAGGAAGAAAUUGAAGACCUCAAAACUCAGCUUGCUAAAGCAGACAUGGCAAGAAUGAAACGGUCCAAAUAUUUUGACCAAGAGUUGGCAAAUGCAAAAGCGCUUGCAGAACACAGGGAGGAACAAUUGAGAAAACUAAAGGAAGAGCUUCGCAAAGUGCAACAAGAACAGGAUGUAACUGUUAUAGCAUCGCGCAAAGGCCAUUCUCAGUCAUCGCUGCCAAUUACUUGUGGCGGUGGAAGUGGAAUAGUACAAAGUACCCACAUGCUCGUGGUGAAAACUGAGCAUGCAACACUGGAAAGGGAGUAUGCUCAACUCAAGAAACAGUUUGAGCUUGUGUUGAAAAAUGAGCUUAUCUUGAAAGAGGAAGUCAAAAAAUGGAAGGAGCAAGCUUUGAAGAGGAGGGAGCAAUCCUCGAGAGAGAUAAGCGAGGAGCAUCGGCUAAAAUCGCCGAAGAAGACAGCUCCUCCUUCAUUCUCAGAACUGCCACCUUCUCCCUGUAAAAAACGCUCUUUGCAGCGAAUUCUGCCAUUAGACUCUCCUGCGCCUGUGCCAUUAACCUAUCCGAGUUUCUUUGACAACUCUCAAUUAGCUCUUACAGACUCAAGGUCUUUGGGUGCUCAGUCCACCGACACAAAGUCUGCAGGAGCAGAGUCCACAGAAAACAAUCUUAAGCACUGGAUUGCAACUGCAAAAAAAGAUGGUGUUUCUGACUGUAAGACACAAUAGCCAUCUGGAUCUCUUUUGGACUCUAAAGAUGUUCUGUGGAUAAGCCCACCUGCUCUUGAGUUGGAAUCCAAUAGUCAACUUCUGCUUUCUUUUUGUUAUACUUUAUGUUUUGGACUUUUACUUAUGAAGGGGUAUCCAUUUUGUUUUCUGUUUAAAAUGCUAAAUAAAGAACAGAAUUUUGCACAAAUAUUUCUGCGGUU